CGGCUCGUCGAUCCCUUCCCGCCUUAUCCAUAUCCUUCAAUUGUCCAGCUCCUGCCUUUUUGUCUCAUAUCUAUCCCACCCAUUCGGAGUAGUAGCUACCUAGCUGCCUUCCUGUUACUGCCCUCAGAACUGCGCUUACCUUACUUAACUUCUCCGCCCGUUCGUUCGUUUCAUUAAUUGUUAAGGCAGUCCCGACCGGAAGUCUCAAUCUACCGUUCCGCCUUUCACCUGCCACCUUCCGCCCCCGUCUCCGUCCCCCGACUAAGCUCAAGCAAGUUCAAACCCACUCUCUCCGUCCCCAUCAUCAAUUCACAGACGACAUCCUACUACACCUAAGACCGACUUCUUUGGAUAUCGAUUUCUCCGGCUGAUCUGCGUCACUCCGCCCGAGCCACUUCUCUUCAUAUCCGACCCCGUCGCAAACUUAUCGGCGCCGUCUUCGGUUGCCCGCCGGGCCGUUACAAUGCCUGCGCGUGGCCCUCCGUCCCCGAGCUCGCAACCCGCAAAGCGACAGCGACAAGACUCGAACGACGAUGGAUCGCCGCGCAACGGCCAGCCGAGCCCCCAGGAUCGUGAGCGCGACCGUCUCCAAGCCGACGGUGCUUCAGCGUCUUCCACUACCGCCUCUCCCUCAGUAGCCGCCAAGGCAGGCCAGAGCAGUAACUUUCGCAACGUCAGCGCCUGUAACCGUUGUCGCCUACGUAAAAACCGCUGUGAUCAGAAGUUACCGAGCUGCGCAAGUUGCGCCAAGGCAGGGGUCGCUUGUGUUGGCUAUGAUCCCAUCACAAAGAAGGAAAUCCCACGCAGUUAUGUUUACUAUCUCGAAACCCGAGUCGAGCAGCUCGAGAACCUGCUUAGCGCCAAUAACAUCACCUUCCCACCAGCCGAAAACCUCGAAUUGUGUUCUCGAAUAGGCACCGACACCGCCAGUAUCAACUCCGCCACCGAAACAGGUUAUUCCGGUCCAUCAGAAGCCGGCGACCGUAGGCCUCAGAGCCAGGCGGUGGAAUCGCUUAAGAAGAAGUCGGGCCAAUCAGGAUUCCUCAACAUCGUGAGCCCAUCGAAACCUCGGUCUUUGGCAUCCGCAUCUGGUGUCUCGUUCGCCCGGGUCGUAUAUGCUGCAGUUCAAUAUUCAUCCUCUGGUCAACCGAAUCCGAAUGAUCCAAGGAAUCCUCGGCAAACAAGCGGCAACGGAGCUUCGCUGCGCGAUUCGUUUUUCGGCCUUCAUACCAGGCCUUCUAUCAAACCUGCCAGUUUCCCUAGUAAAGAAGUCGGCUUGCGGCUCGUGAGGUUAUAUUUUGAACACUCGAACCCUCAGAUUCCAAUUUUGCACAGAGGAGAGUUUAUGCAGACGUUUGAACGCAUAUAUGCCACUCAAGAUCCGGCCCGAGGCUCGCGGGAGCUCUAUUUGUUGAAUAUGGUUUUCGCCAUCGGCUGUGGUGUCAUUGUUGGCGAGCCAGUGAAAUCUGACUCAUCUGGCGAUACUGGUGCCGACAACAAAAGUCGAUGCGAGCCAGAGGAGUAUCACGCGAGCGCAAUCGUGCACCUAGAAUCGUGUUUAAGUAACAGCGGAGGAGGCUUAGAAGUUCUGCAGGCCGUACUUCUUCUGGCUAAUUUUGCUCUCCUUCGACCUGUUCCCCCUGGCCUUUGGUACAUUAUUGGUGUUGCCGUUCGACUUGCAGUUGAUCUCGGCCUGCACUACGAGGAUGACAGGGAGAUUGAUUCCUUACCUAACGAAAGUGAACAGACUGAUAGUGCUGGAUCCCGAGAGAAUGGAGCACAAACCCGGGGAAAGAAGUUGUGGGUGCGAGAUAUGAGGCGCCGUUUGUGGUGGUGCACGUACUCUCUCGAUCGUCUGGUUAGCACAUGCGUUGGAAGACCAUUCGGCGUCAGCGAUCAGGUCAUCACAACUGAGUUUCCGUCCUUGCUGGAUGAUGACUAUAUUACACCCACCGGACUUAUAGAUCCACCAUCAGAUCAGCUCCAACCCAGCUACAAGCAUGUUGCCCAUCAUUACUUCCGACUGAGGCUGCUGCAAUCGGAAAUUCUUCAAGUGUUGCAGUACAAUCAGGCUCAGAUCGCCAAGGCGGGUGUUCAGGGCAAGUUCCCUGAUAUGCACAUUCAUCUCCCGUCGCCCUUCCUGGUGCAGUUUGAUUCGUUCCGUUCAUGGCGCAUAGAUAUCGACCGAAGACUGUAUCAGUGGAAGACGUCAGCACCAUCGAGACAAGAGACGGGUGUCAUGUUUUCGACCGAGUUUCUGGAGCUCAAUUACUGGCAGGCGAUCAUAAUGCUCUAUCGCCAGAGCCUUAGUGUUCCCGCUAUGUUUGAGGGCGAGUACAAUUCAUCAAAUGAGGUCAAUAGCCCAACGGCGUUCCAAGCAGAGCUUCGUGAAGACGAGGAUCGAAUCUACCUGAAAGUUGCAGAGGCAGGCCAAAAGAUCCUCCGCAUAUAUAGACAGCUACAUCUCAGUGGGUUGGUGAGCUACACCUAUCUUUCCACCCAUCACCUGUUCAUGGCAGGAAUCUCGUACCUUUAUGCUAUUUGGCACUCGCCCAUCGUACGAAGUCGCCUGAGCAUGGAUGAAGUGGACUUUACUAUCCUCGCUGCCAAAUCGGUUCUCACAGAUAUGAUCGACAAGUGCCCUCCCGCCGAGACGUGCCGAGAUGCGUUCGAUCGAACAGCCAAGGCCACCAUUAAGAUGGCCUCCUCAACAGGCGGUUUCGGUGCCCCAACGGCCCGAAUACAACGUUCUGCGUGGAACACACCGCCGGACUCAUCAAAGGGAACAGGGCAAGGACGUCACCGUCCGCAGGGCUCAGAUCAGGCGUCUUAUCAGAUUGAUUUGUCGCUAUCUGACUCGCUCUCAUCUCCUACACUGUCUGUUGCAGGCGACGGGAAUGCACAGCCAUCGCCCCCAGUGGCACGAUCAACAGAGGGUUAUUUACUCAAAUCGCGAAGUCGAGGUGGACCAAGCCCUACGGACUCUGGUCAUAAGCAAGAGGGAUCGCCUAUCGAAUCGGGAAUGGCCCCUUCACCUAUCCCUCGAAGACUGACGUCCCAACCGAACGGCGGAGGAUCCUAUGGUGGACAGCAGCAAUUUAAUGGACAGGACUACCCAGAUGCUCAAACAAUGGAGUUCCUCCAGAAUCUGGGCGCAUCAUCAAACGGAGACUUCACUGCCAUGGACCAGUCGCAGCUUGAUAUGGGUCUAAGCAUGAACUGGGAGGGUCUUCACCAUGACUUUAGUGAGGCACCACAAAUGAACCCUUUUGACACGUUCUUCUUUGGCGGUCCCCAAGGGGGUGGAGGCCAGGACGGCGGCAUGAACAUGUAGGAAGAUGUUUGUCGGAUCUGUUUCUGUCUUUAUUGCCGGCGCGUUGGCUUGAUUUCUUGCUUACCUGCAGAUGCGGGUCUGCUCAGUGAAAUGGGUGGCUCUUUAUGACAUUUGGGUAUGUUCCAGUACAUCAGAAGGCGAGGGUGCCUUUCUGUUUUGAGGUUACAAAAGUAGAUGUCGAUGCUGGAAGAUGUGGAGAAAAUUCAUGAAUAAGUCGAUGGUUACUGUUUACUACCAUGGUGAGUUAUGAAGAUAUGGAGCAACUGGGUAGAUAUGGGAUGUCAUGAAGCAGAUAUACCGCUCAUAGAAAAGGUGAAAUAGGAGGUCAUGAGUUGAUGGUACCAAUCUUUUGUCUAUAUACAGGUAGUUUUUGCAGAGACUAUCCGGGUAUCUAUCGAAAUGAAAGCCUCGAUUCGAAAGAUUUUGACGCUCAAUCUGACCUCUUCUCCUCUCCUCUCCUCUCUUCUCCUCUCUUCUGCUCCUUUUGUGCAUAUUACUCAUUCUUUCCAAUGUACGUCGUAGUGAAUCCUUUCUCGUCCAUCCAAUCCGCCGAUCGAUCUAUGCAUCCAACGUCCAAAAUAUGUCGUAAAGUCGUAAUUAAAACAAACUGAAGAAAUAAAAUACGCAUACUGUCGUCGCUAACAUCUUCCUCUAUCGGUCUCGGCUAUAGCGUCUGCUCUCCCUCCGAGGCGAGUAAUCUCUCGGGGAAUAGUCCCUUCGAUAUCCCUCUCCCAUCAACGGCUCUCGACGAUAUCGGUCUUGACUCUGUCGUCGUGAUCGUCGCGGAGGAGAAACACUGUGCUCCUCUUCAACAACAAUCUCGUUAUCCGAAGAGAUAGUCGAUUCUUGAACGAAGCGCGGCGCAGGAGGGUCAACAAUGAUUCGCUCCCCUCGACUAUCGCCCACAAGCGGUGAUGUUCGUCUUCGACUCCUAUCCCUCGAAUUCACCGUUGUGCGCGAUCUCGUCCUCUUGGAUCUAGACGUUGCCCUGCUCCGCGAUCUGUUCCUCGUUCUUCGAUCUCUUCUGCUGCGGAAACUCAGAUAUGUCGACGUAUCGCCCGUGACUGUACUCAUAGGUCCGCCUGAAACAACAGUUGAUGCGCCGUCGACUGUUCUCACGACUGGACCGCGGUGCAGGAGCAUGUAGAUAAUGUACAGCAGGAGAAGAAAGCCAGCGACAGAGCCGAGGACGAUACCGGCGACGACACCGGGAGCGAGGGAGUUAUCGGUGCUCUUGUAGGAUAUUGGCACAGCGGUGAAGGAGCUGCUCGAGUCGUCGUUCUGGCGGACAGAGAGGGAAUUGUACCCUGAGGGUAUUGUUGACGAUGGAGGAAGGGCUGGCAUUUUGGCUGACGAAUGAUGUGGUGUUGAUAUCAGGUUUAUUAUAUUGUUAGGAAUAGCAUGGCAGUAGAUUCCAAUAGCAAAAUGGUAUAGCUCUUGGUUUCUGAGAGGGUGAGAGUUGUGAAGAAUUAAUGAGGUUGUUGUUGUAGUUGGGACAAAACGACGCAGCUCGGCAUUUCCAUCCAUUAAAGAUGCUGCACGUUCCCCCCAGCCACGU